CAUUUGACCAAUUGGAAGACUGAGGGGCAGGGAAAUACGGGAACCGAGAGGCGGAGAAAUUCAACCAUUUUCAGAGCUGCUCCGCAGACGAAUAAACGAAAGAUGUUACGUUAAGUCUAGACACUGGAGUGAUCAAAAGCACAAUGUUUGAACGCAGAACCAUUGCUGUUGAUGAUGAGUACCCAGAAGGAGUCUUCCAUUGCCGCUUUGCCCGGUUGGGAGUUGUGGAUCUACUGGAUCCUGUCCAUGGGGUCUCAUCUGUACUCCUUUUACCACCUGCACAGAUUCUCAAAAGAGUACGAAGGAGGCCUGGACCGAGAAUUUGAAUUGCAGGAAGGAUUUCUCAUUCCAGGAUAUAAAAAGGACCCCACUGACUUUGAGUGGAGUUUCUGGAAUGAAUGGGCCAGGAAGUGUUUACUCUGGAGUUUCCUGGGCCAUGCGGUCAUCUCGAGACUGGCGAGCAUCUUUAUUCCUCGGGGGCGGGUGGCGGUGCUGACGGUGUACGGCCUGCUGGUGGCCUGGGCGGAGCUGGGCUCCCUGGGCGUGGGCGUGGUCUUCCUGCACACCUGCUUGUUCUUUGGCGUGGCUCACCUGCGCAGACCCGCCCUCACCUGGGUCUGUGCGCUGCUGCUGCUCGCCACCCUGUACCUGGGCAGCCUGGAGGAGCUGCAGAGGAGCUGGUUUGAGACGGAGGCGGAGUACUACCUGCUGUACUGCGCCAUCGCGGUCUGCUGUCUGCGCUCCAUCAGCUUCAGCCUGGAGCACGCCUGGCGCCCCCUGGAGGCUGGAGGACUCGCGCGCUUCGGCUGGCUCACGGCCUACACCUUCUACCACCCCCUGUUCUACAACGGGCCUGUCGUCUGCUUCCGGGACUUCACCCGGCAGAUGCAGAGUCCGUGUGGGAGCGUUCCCAGGCUGGACGUCCCGUCCCUGCUGGUCAGCGCCGCCCGUAUCUGUGCCUGGUGGGGCCUGGCCGAGCUCAUGAUCCACCUGAUGUACACACACGCCAUCGCCGGCUACGAGGCCUACCUGCACUUCCUCCCGCCCUGGGCCCUCGGUGGGCUGGCCCUGGCUCUGGUGCAGUUCUUCUAUGUGAAGUACCUGGUGCUGUUCGGGCUGCCGUCCCUGCUGGCUCGGCUGGAUGGGCUGAGCCCCCCCCGACUCCCCCGCUGUGUCAGCAUCAUGUACAGCUUCACCGGGAUGUGGAGGCACUUUGAUGUGGGGCUGUACCACUGGCUGGUGAGGUACAUCUACAUCCCGGCUGGCGGGUCGCGGCACGGGCCGCUGUGGAAGAUGCUCUCCACCGCCCUGGCGUUCUGCUUCGUCUGCUACUGGCACGGCGGCCAUGGCUACCUGAGGAACUGGGCCCUGAUGAACUGGCUGGGGGUGAUGGUGGAGAACGGGCUGAAGGUCUCGCUCCGCUCCCCCCGCGUCUACCCCGCCAUCGAGCGCUGCCUCUCCCCGGCCAUGAGGAGGCGCUGUCUGGCUUUUCUCUCUGCCUUCUCCACCGCCAUGCUCAUCCUGUCCAACAUGGUCUUCCUGGGAGGAAAUCAUCUCGGCAGAAUCUUCUGGAAACGAGUUUUCGUCCAAGGCUGGUCCACUGUUGCCGUGCCGAUACUCAUCUUCCUGUACAGCUUCGCUCAGAUUGGUCUGGAGCAGGACAGGAAGGAGCAGCUGUCUGCGCGGGACAGACCCGGAUAGACUCGUCUGCGAGACGCCAGCAGAUGCCCCACAGCCCAGCAGAUCCACCUGCAGCCCAGUCUAUCCACCACAACCCAGCAGAUCCACCUGCAGCCCAGCAGAUCCACCACAGCCCAGCAGAUCCACCACAACCCAGCAGAUCCACCACAACCCAGCAGAUCCACCUGCAGCCCAGCAGAUCCACCACAACCCAGCAGAUCCACCUGCAGCCCAGCAGAUCCACCACAACCCAGCAGAUCCACCACUGCCCAGCAGAUUCUCCACAACCCAGCAGAUCCACCACUGCCCAGCAUAUUCUCCACAACCCAGCAGAUCCACCUGCAGCUCACCAGAUGCACCUGCAGCUCUUGCACCGGUGGUGUGAGCAGGUUGCUUGUGUUCAAUCAACCAUAGAAAAUAUGCUGUGCAUCUGGAGGUAAACCUGCCCCCCCCCAUUCUCGCCUGACACUAUGGGCCAGAUUCACUAAAGGAUUGCGACUACUUUUCCGAAUGUUUCUGCAGUAAAUCUGGUUCUGCGUGCCGAAGGGACCUGA